AUGAAUGGUAUGACUGUUCCCGUAAUAGUUUUAUAUGACGGAUACUAUGCUAUCAACCACGUGGACCUGUUCAGUGUUGCGUCAUUUGAGGAGUAUUACGGUUAUAUACAGAAUGGUGUCCCCAGAGGAACAUGCCUGUCUUCGAAGUGCCAUUAUGUGAAGGGUCUGGUUUUAAGUUUACUGGCCCAAUUAUAUGAAGUGCGGGAUCGUACAGCCCUUAACGGAUGUCAGCAACACCAUGAUUUCGAUAGUACUAUGGUGCCAAUAGUACUAUGA